CUUCUAUUACAAAACGUCAAAACCUAUCGAACGCCUCUCCGGACAAAACCAGCAACCACAAUGAAAAAUGAAACGAGUUUUUAAUAUUUGCCCUAAAUAUAUCUGUGCUACAUCGAUAUCAAUCUUUGUUUCAAACUUGGAACGACGAAGAUGAUGAUGUCAAAUCUUCCAAAGGAUUUGGUGGAGGAGAUUCUCUCUAGGGUUCCGUUUAAAUACCUGAGAGCAAUACGAUCUACUUGCAAAAAUUGGUACGAUUUAUCAAAAAAUCGGAGCUUUGCGAAUAAGAACAUCGACAAAGCAGCGGUAUCAGGGGAAAAAGAGUUUCUGAUGAUCACACAAUUUAAUGUUUUUUGGGUCGGCGUCAAUCUCCAUAGAAGUCAGAACAACAGCUUUGAUCUAUCUAUUCAGCUUAAGGCUAAAAUUGUUAGCAGAGACAAAAAAGAUGAUUUAUUCCAAAAAUCUCAAGUCAUUCACUGCAACGGUGUAUUUUUAUGCGUACGGGAAAAAAUGCUUGUGGUUUUGAACCCGUAUUGGGGACAAACAAAACGGAUCAUGCCAAGACCUCCUUUCGGGUGCUUCGACAGGUAUGCUCUCGGAUACGACAAAUCCAGCGGUAGCCACAAAAUCCUGAGGCUUUUCGGUGUCAACCAAAAUAACCUCAAUAUCUACGAUUUGAGCUCUAGUUCAUGGAUGAUUCCUGAUGGCACUCUUGAACGAGAUAUGGAGUAUAUGAAACAAGGCGUGUCUUUGAAUGGAGAUACUUACUGGUAUGCUAAAGAUAAGGAAUCAAUAGACUGGUACUUAUUAUGUUUUGAUUUUACAAGAGAGAGAUUUGGAACACCUCUGCCUCUGCCCUUUAGUAAUGAAGGUUAUACUCUACACAAAGGUUAUAAGUCUCUAUCUGCUCUUAAAGAAGAGAAGCUUGCGGUGUUACUAUGGGAUACAAUGGUUAUUUGGGUUACGAACAAGAUUGAGCCUGAUGCGGUGUCGUGGAGCAUCUUCUUAAAACUUGAUAUGGAACCAAGUAUUUAUUGUCGCUAUGGGAAUUUCUUCAUUGACGAGGAAAAGAAAGUCGCAGUUGUGUUUGAGAAAGACAGCUCGUCAUGGUCAUGGAUGUAUAACCCCAAUUACAACAAAGCUUACAUAGCUGGAGAGAAUGGUUAUUUCAAAAGUGUGAAUCUUCUUAAAUCUCCAAACACACUACAGCUUGGCCAUCUUGUGUGCUCAUAUGCUCUAUGAUUAUCAAGUAACAGAUUUAUAUAGUUAACAUUUUCAUUUUGAUUUCAUCUUCUUUGAACAAGAUUUAUCAUAUGAUAUUAAUUUGUUUCUUAA